AUAGCUGAAAAAAUUCCCAUCCAGGUUACUUAAUUCUGAAAAAAAAAAAGAACUGUCAAUGUCAAUAUUUUAGGUUAACUAGUUUACUUUGCAUUUUGGUCUUCAUUAUUAUUUAACCAAAAAAUUUCUUAACUUUUGCCCUUUAUUCAUAGGCCGCAAUGGUAUUUCUUACUGUUACAAACUUUAUACGGGUCCGCGGUCCAGAUGAGUUCUGGCGAAAAAGAAGGAUUUUUAGGCUAGCUGCUCAUUACAUUGGUCGUCGGAGAAACUGUUAUUCCGUCGCCGUGCGUAAUGUACACCGAGCGCUAGCAUACUCAACUAAGGCUCGAGAACUAAAGAAGCAAGACAUGAAGGACUUGUGGAACACCAGGAUCACUGCAGCGUGCGAGCAACACAACAUUACACAAUUUCAGCUUAAAGAGGGCCUCGAUCGAGCCAACAUUAUGUUAGAUCGCAAAUCACUCUCCAAUUUAGCCUCCUGGGAACCUCGGACCUUUGAAUCGCUAGCUGCUGUGGCUAAGGAGAAGUUACGUCUUGACGGUUUUGUGGACACGGCUGACAAAAAAUACCCAACUGGUAUCAACCUCAACUUGAAGGAUGUCAUGUUAGAGCAUUGGUUGAAAGAAAAAAAGUAAAAAGUUUAUAUGUAUUUAAUCUAAAUUCUAUUCAUAAGUAUUUCAUUAGGAAAUAAAUAAAAUUAGGAUAA